AUGCCGACAACACUAUCAAACCCGAAGGAAUACCAAGAUAUCUUCCACUGGGCUGAAACCCAACAAGAUGGAAAGAUACCAUCCUUUGCUACUCGAAAAAAUGAUCCAUAUGAGUAUCAAUCAGGUUUCAACAAUGAAUUUGCCUCAGAAGCAGUCCCUGGAACCUUGCCUCAAGGUCAAAAUUCGCCCAGAAAUGUUCGGUACGGACUUUACGCCGAGCACAUGACAGCUUCCGCUUUUGUUGCACCUCGAAGCGUGAAUAAACGCUCAUGGCUCUACCGCGCAAGACCCUCGGUGGCUCAUCAAGGUUUCACGGACCUCCCGGACAACCCUGAUACCGAGUCGAACUUCCUACCAAUUAACAGUAAAGUCCAUGUUUCACCAACGCAACUCGCAUGGCUUCCGUUCGAAAUCCCUUCUGGUAACGACGUUGACUUCAUUGCCGGUCUGAAGACGAUUGCAGGUUCCGGAGAUCCAACACUCCGAGAAGGAAUUGCAACUCACGUCUACGCUGCAAAUUCAGACAUGAAAAAUAAUGCCUUCGUGAACUCUGAUGGGGACUUCCUGAUAUGCCCCCAACAAGGAUCGCUCGAUAUUCAGACUGAAUUCGGUAUGCUUUUUGUGCAGCCUGGCGAGAUUGUUAUUAUUCAGCGGGGUCAGAAGUUUAAAGUAGACCUGCCCGAUGGUCCAUCUCGAGGGUAUAUUCUAGAAAUCUGGGGAAGCAACUUUGAGCUUCCAGAGCUGGGCCCACUGGGUGCCAAUGGUCUCGCAAACGCCAGAGAUUUCCUUCACCCAGUCGCCAAGUACGAGAUUAAGAAGGAAAGUUGGGGAGUCGUCUACAAACUUGCUGGGAAAUUCUUCCGAAGCACUCAGGAGCACAGCCCAUUUGAUGUUGUGGCAUGGCAUGGAAAUUAUGUACCCUACAAAUACGAUCUCACAAAGUUUGUGAACGUGGGUUCCAUAUCCGUUGACCACAUUGAUCCCUCUAUCUUCUGCGUCCUAACUGCCAAGUCACGCGAUCCAAUAGCACCACUGGCAGACUUCCUCAUCUUCUCACCACGCUGGGACGUAGCAUCUAACACAUACCGUCCACCUUACUACCACCGAAACGUUGCUUCCGAAUUCAUGGGACUCCUCUAUGGGGAAUAUGGCGGCCGCUCUGACGAGUUCCAGCCGGGAGGUGCCUCAUAUGAGUGUGGAAUGGUUCCACAUGGAGUGGCUUACGAAGAGUUCAAGGCUGCUACUGAGAAUGAGCCCCCGGUCAUGCAGAUCUCCAAAGGUGCUAUUGCUAUCAUGUUUGAAAGUUCGAGACCAUUCACCAUUACGGACUAUGCUUGGAACAGCAACAAGAAGCACGAGCAUGAUCCUAAGAUGUGGGAUGACUUAGUGGAUAACUUUUCUCAACACCAAGAUGAGGUCAACAAGGUAUUGGCUCUUCACGAAGCCAAGUUGACUAAAUCAAACAACCUGAAAAAUGGCAGCCAUUGA